CAUUUAAUUAGGAGAAGGUCCAAGUGAAGUCAGCAGAAUUGACUAAGGGUUGUGAUGCAGGUCCCAGAGGCGAGUCUGGUUUGUUAAAGGGGGAAGAAAACAAAAGAAGGAAAGGGAAAGUGAGAGAAAGAAGCGGAAGAAGAUGGAGGAGGAAAACGGUUAUGUUGGCAGCAGCACCUCCAACUUGGAGACUUCCAAGGCGGAGCGAUCUGUGUGGCUUAUGAAGUGCCCUCUUGUCGUUUCCAAGUCGUGGCAGAACCACCCUCCUUCUCAGCCACUUGCCAAGGUCGUUCUCUCCCUUGAUCCUCUCCACGCCGAUGACCCCUCUGCUCUUCAGUUUACAAUGGAGAUGGCUGGGACUGAUGCUGUUAAUAUGCCAAAAACAUAUUCCCUGAAUAUGUUUAAAGACUUUGUACCUAUGUGUGUUUUCUCAGAGACAAGCCAAGGUGGCAAGGUUGCAAUGGAAGGGAAGGUUGAACAUAAGUUCGAUAUGAAACCCCAUGGUGAAAACAUUGAAGAGUAUGGCAAAUUGUGUCGUGAGAGAACAAACAAAUCCAUGAUAAAAAAUCGACAAAUACAGGUUAUUGAUAAUGAUCGUGGAGUAUUAAUGAGGCCAAUGCCUGGAAUGAUUGGUCUAGUUUCAUCCAAUUCAAAGGAUAAGAAGAAGACACAGCCAGUUAAACAAACUGAUACAAAGAGAACAAGAAGAGAUAGAGGAGAACUGGAGGAUAUAAUGUUCAAGUUAUUUGAAAGACAGCCUAAUUGGGCAUUGAAGCAGCUUGUCCAGGAGACUGAUCAACCUGCUCAAUUCUUGAAAGAGAUCCUGAAUGAACUAUGUGUAUACAAUAAAAGAGGUGCCAAUCAAGGAACUUACGAGCUGAAGCCGGAAUACAAGAAAUCUGUUGUUGAAGAUACAAAUGCCGAAUAAGGGGGAAACAGAAAGUCGUAUCUCUUUCUGUUUGAUGAGUAGGGAAGACUCCACACGCUGACUGCUGAGGGUAAAUAUGUUGAUGGAAGGGCUAAAAAGUUAUUGGCUAACAAUAACCAGCAAAACGUGUAUCUCUUGCAUAAGAUUUAAUUGUUUUACCGAUCAUGACAGUUUCAGUUGUAUACAGUCAACGACUUUAGCAUAGUAUAAGGUUGCUUCCUGGGUUACAUUUGAAUGUAUCUGCCCCUAUGCAUUCAUUUUACAGGUGUAUCUAUUUAUGACAGAUGGCUUCAUUA